AUGCUCCGCCUCAGGUGCUCCAGGACUUUGGCAGCUAGUCUCUCGUAUUCUUCCCUAGGCUCGCAGCUGCCAUAUAGACGCCAGCUUGCUUCUCAAAACACAAAGAAACCGGGUCCCGCGCAUGAAAAUAUCUACACAAUUCCCAAUGUGCUGACCGUGUCGCGCAUCCUCAUGACGCCGGGCAUCUCUUACCUCUUCAUUCAGGCGCGGCACAAGGAGGCGCUUGCUUUGUUGGCUUUUGCUGGCAUGACAGAUCUCGUGGACGGUCAUCUUGCGCGCAAGUACAACAUGGGCACUGUUGUUGGAUCCAUAAUAGAUCCCUUGGCCGACAAGCUACUCAUGACGACACUCGUCAGUACACUUGCCUAUGCAGGCAAUAUGCCACUGCUCAUGGCCGUCAUUAUCCUUGGGCGAGACUUUGCCCUUGGCAUUUCCGCCCUAUACUGGCGCUGGAUUUCACUACCGCCGCCUCGCACUUUUACACGUUUCUGGGAUUUCAGUCUGCCUUCUGCAUCUGUGCAUCCUACCUCGGUAUCCAAGAUCAACACGGGCCUGCAGCUUGUGCUGGUUGGCGCGUACAUGGUUCAGCCGGUGUUGCCGUUUGACAUUGCCCUUCCACUCAGUCUCUACGAGUACUUGGUCGCUUCAACGACCAUCUACUCUGGUCUGGAAUACACCUGGCGCAAAGACACAGUCAAGAUUCUCAAGCAGUGA